AUGCCAAGUCUAUUCCCCAAGAUAUCAUCUACUCAAGUUGUCAUCAAUGCCAGGGAGAGUAUUGCAAGCUUCAAGACUACAGGAACUAAGGAUUUGUUGUCCAUGGGAUUUGUCAACAUUGCAUUUACCUAUAAUGGUCUUGAAACUCUAGGUCUUGACCCCAAAGAGCUUUAUGCUGAUUUUGAUACUCCUGAUGUCCUCAAGCAAGGACAAUUAGCAUGCGCUGCACAGCUAGGUGACCCUAUAAAAGAAGGGGUGCCAAAGGAAUGGAUUGAAGAAUUCAAAAAGCAACAUGACCAAAUUCAUGGUAUCCUACUUGUUGCCAGUGAUUCGGACUUUACUCUGAAAAAGUUCAGGGAUGAUAUCAAUUCAUCCCUUGGUGAUAAUGGACAAGUAAUUUACGAGCUUAGAGGUCAGGUUUGCCCUGGUUCUAACAAGGGAUAUGAGCAUUUUGGCUGGAAGGAUGGAAUUUCAAAUCCAUGGUUGAAAGGCGUAUUUUGUGAAUGUCAGAAAGUUCCAGGACAGCUGGAAGCGGAACGCGGUAACAUUCUGGUGGGGGACCCAGGCGAUAAUGACCGCACUGGCGAGAAAGGCGAGGCGUUCAAGCGUCCUAGUUGGGCUAAAAAUGGAAGCUAUAUGGCUUUUAGACAGUACGACCAACUAGUCCCAGAGUUUCACAAAUGGACAGCAGAUAACGCGAUUGAUCUAAAAAUACCUGGAAUCUCACCUGAUCAACUUGAGCAGAAGGGUGCUGCGCUACGUGCUGCCCAGUUGGUUGGACGAUGGCCAAGCGGUUUGUUUUCCAUAUCGCUUGGACGAUUCAACAAUCACAUAACCACUGGAACUGUAGGAACACCUUUAGAGCUCUCGCUACAUGAAGACAACCCGUCCAUCGCCAACGAUCCGAUGCAGGUCAAUAAUUUCUUAUUCAAGCCUGACGACCAAGCGAGAUGUCCGUUCUCAGCGCACAUCCGUAAACUGAACCCCCGUGUCGACUAUACGAAUUCAGAAAACUAUGAAAAGAAGUUCGACUUCGAUCAGAGUAAUAUUAUACGAGCAGGAAUCGCGUAUGGGCCGGAAGUAAAACCUGAAGAGAGUAAUGAGCACAAGACAAGACAUAGCCGCGGGCUAGCCUUUGUUGCUUACCAAAAUGAUAUUGUCCAAGGAUCCCAAUUCCAGCAGACUAUGUGGGCAAAUAACCCGGAUUUUCCUCCUACCAAACACAAUAGCUCAAACUUCAAUGUAUGGGGAUUAGAUCCCUUGAUUGGGCAGAACGACCAGUCAAAGCCGUCAGAGGCACGUGUAACGACCGAUAACAUGGGACAUGAACUCAAUGUUAGGCGCUUCAUAAUCCCCCGCGGAGGCGGGUAUUUCUUCGUUCCGCCGCUCAAAACUCUAAAGCAGCUUUGUACCGUUCAUCUGUGA